AUGGCAUCAAUGGCUUCUACUCAGGAGGCUUCGCUCUGUCUCUCAACCCAUCAGGACAGAGACAGCGCAGACGAGUCCUGGUCCGCGGUGGAUAGUGAUAACGAUCGUCCUGGUCGGAACGGCUCUAGCGAAUUCCAUAGCCUGAAGCGAAAGCGUCCCCUCACCGUCUCGUGUGAACUGUGUAAACAGAGGAAAGUCAAAUGCGAUCGUGGCCGCCCCGGCUGUGGAUGGUGCUCCCGUAAUGGUCAGCUAUGCGAGUAUAAAGAACGGAAAAAACCCGGCCUUCGAGCAGGUUACGGCAAGGAAUUAGAGCAAAGACUCGACCGGCUGGAGGAAGUCAUCCGGAUACAAGGGCGACUGAUCGAAACACAUAUCAUUCACAAUCAGCCUCACUUGAACCAUGACCGAUCAGCAACUCAUGGACCCAGCCCACACAGUGCCUUGGAAGCAUCAUCCCUCACCAGCCCUUCGGACAUUUCCGACAAGAAUCCGUUAUAUCACCGCUUGUCCGGAAACUUUGCUCCGCCGCUCCCGCCGCAGCCUUUAUCACAUGUCUCAAAUGCAGUCCCGCCGAGUGAUUUCUCCGGAAACGAAUCGUCCUUGAAAGUCCCAGUCAGCUUGUUCUCCAACCAGGAGCAGUCAUUUGCAGAUCCUGAGCUUGACCUCCCCCCGUACGAUCUGUUGUAUGCUUUGGUAGAUCUCUACUUUGAACACAUCAACACAUGGUGCCCGAUUCUGCACCGCCGAACUACCUUGCAUACCUUCUUCGGCCCGUCUCCUAUCGAUGAAGCGGAUCGCAUGGUUCUCUAUGCGAUAGUCGCCACCACCCUCCGUUUUUCGAGCGAUGCUCGACUGAGCGAACGGAAUCGUAAACGUUACCACGACUCCUCCAAACAGAAGGUGCUUCUCUAUGGCCUGGAGAACUCUUCGGUCAAAGCCCUCCAGGCGCUAGUGAUAUUAGCCUUAGACCUGGUAGGUUCUUCGAACGGGCCUCCGGGAUGGAAGUUGUUGGCUCUCAUCACGCGCUCCGUGGUCCAAUUGGGGCUGGCCGUGGAAGCCAAAUCCGCCCUCAUCGCCCCCGUUUAUCCCUCCAUCUACACUCUGAGAGCAGUCACCUUGCCUGAGCCAGAGACCUGGAUCGAGGACGAAAGCAGACGCAGGCUGUUCUGGAUGGUGUACCUCCUGGACCGCUACUCCACCAUCGCUACCGCGUUUGAUUUCGCAUUGGACGACAAGGAUAUCGAUCGCAAGCUGCCGUGCAAAGACGAGUACUUCGCCAGAAAUCAGCUGGUGGAGACCCGACGGUUCCACCACUCCGGUGAUCGAGCGGAUUAUUCCAGUCGUGCCGAAUAUGUCGGUUCUUUUGGGCUUUACGUCGAGAUCCUUGGCAUCCUCUCGCGCAUUCAUCUCUUCCUGAAACGCCCAGUGGAUAUUGGGUCUCUUUCCGGCGUGGAGGAGUGGCAGACAACGUACCGCAAAUUGGACAGUGAAUUGACGUCCUGGGAGUUCGGUCUCCCCCCAGAAUACGUGUUUGAAGAUUCGCCGCGGUCCAGCGGAUCCAAGCACAACAAAGACAUCCACUUGGGCUGGGUCCAACUUCAUUCUACAUAUCAAACAGCUGUGAUCCGCCUCCAUUCCUCAGCUGCGUACCCGACCACGCGAUCACCCAUUUUCACCCCAUCUUACAGCGCCAGUCAAAGGUGUCUCCUGGCAGUCGACAACAUCCUUUCGGUGACACGCUUCGUGGUAGACAACAACAUGCUCGACAAGCUCGGCCCACCCUUCGCCUUCACCCUCUGGGUAUCAGCUCGCCUCCUCCUCGUCCACGGAUCCACCAUCGCCCACACCGUGAACCCCAACAUCACCUUCUUCGUCGACACACUCGCCCACAUGGGAAAACACUGGAAAGUAGCCGAACGCUACAGUUCAAUCCUGCAGCGCGUCCUCGACGAAUACGGUGAAUACCAACAAUCCAGCGCAGACGACACCGAGCGCACAACCCCCUCAACAGUCAAAAUCCUCGCCGACAUGCGCCGCUGCGCCUUCGACCUGGACUUCCUCAUCUCCCGCCAACCGCGUUCCUCCUCCUCCCCAGCCGGCCCCGAACCCGCCUCAACACCCGCUAUCCCAUCUCGCAGCCUGGCGACACACGAACUGGAGUACCUCGAUGUCUUCGGCUUCUUCAACGUCCCGCGUGUCCCUGCACCACGCGCCCCUGACAUGUCUGCCAGUAUCGAUAUCAAUGAACCCGCCAGCGACCCCAUGUCAAUCCAUGGUUUGACGGCGGCGGCUGGCACCGUUCAAUCACUCGCUGAUAGCGCCCAUGCCAAUACGAAUGAAUUUAAUAUCACUAACUACCUUGUUCCGACGCCCGAGACGGACUGGCUUUUUCGUCCGGGGUGA